AUGAUUAAAGAUGAAGAAAUGAGUGUUGAUCUAAUCUCUACCGUGGUUCUUCAAAGGGAUGAAAUUUUUGAAGGGACUCUUCUGGAUCUGCAGAAACAAUUUUCAAAACAUCUACUGCUUACAAACACAACAAUAAGUGUUGCUCAAAUUGGUACAGCCGAUGUGAUGCAACAGUUAUUCCAAGGUGAUAUACAACGAAAGGGUUGGGAUCACCACAGAACAGCAAGAAUGGCUGCAAUCGGUUUUGUGAUGGGCCCUAUGCUUCAUUGCUUCUAUCGCGUUCUAGAUUCAAGGGCAUUCCGAGGUGGACGACAAAAAAUUGUCCUAAAAAAAUUGUGCUGUGAUGCUGCUUGUAUGCCAUUCUUUUCGUGCACAUUCAUCACAGUUGGCGGCCUUCUGGAAGGAUCCUCGUUAUCAUCUGCUUUCUCAGAGUAUAGGAAAAAGAUGUGGCAUAUUUUCAAGGUAGACGUAUCGAUUUGGCCUCCAGCACAAUUGAUCUCGUUUUGGUUUUUACCACCAUCUGUUCGGGUUGUUUAUGUAAACAUUGUAUCUCUCAUCUACAAUUGUAUCAUGUCUUACAUUAAAAAUAACGAUGUGACGGAAAUUAAACGAUCUAUAUAA